UCCAUCUCUUUUGAUGCAAUAUGUAUAACACAACUCUUGAACGCAUUCUACACAAGGCAAAUUGUUUUAUCUGUGCAAACAUUUGAUCAGACGGCUCUUAAUGGUCUAUUGCGUUACGUCCAUCUUUAUGUCAAAUAGUCAUUUCACCAACUAAAAACAAAAGGAAGAAGAUGCAAUCUAUGUAUGGAAAAUAUUUGUGAAAUUUUAGAAGAAAAUACCAAAAGUUUUAUUAAAAUAUAAUAAUAUGUGUUCAGUGAAUGAGAUUAUUAAAAUCAAUACUACUAAAAUUCCUUCGUCUAUUCAUCGACCAUUAUUAUUAGCGUCACGCCAGCGUCAUCGAUUGCGAGUCUCUAUCUCCGGCGCCGGCGAGUCAACCAUGUCUACUAACUCAGUCCGAGUUGCCGCGGCUCAAAUGACAUCCAUCACCGAUCUCGCCUCCAAUUUCGCUACCUGCUCUCGUCUUGUUAAAGAAGCAGCAUCAGCUGGAGCAAAAUUGCUUUGUUUUCCGGAAGCAUUCUCUUUUGUGGGUACUAAGGAUGGUGACAGUGUUAGAAUUGCACAACCUUUGGAUGGACCAAUUAUGGAUCAAUACUGCUCUUUAGCCAGAGAGUCAAGCAUUUGGUUGUCACUUGGAGGCUUCCAAGAAAAAGGAUCUGAUCCACAACACUUGUUUAAUACCCAUGUUAUUGUAGAUGAUGCUGGGAAAAUUCAAAGCACUUACAGAAAAAUACACCUAUUUGAUGUAGAUGUUCCUGGUGGAAGGGUAUAUAAAGAAAGUAGUUUUACAGAAGAAGGCAAGGAUGUUGUUGCAGUAGAUAGUCCUAUUGGGCGUUUGGGCCUUAGUGUUUGCUAUGAUUUGAGAUUUCCAGAGAUUUAUCAAUUGUUACGUUUCCAACAUGGAGCGCAGAUACUAUUGGUACCUGCAGCAUUCACUAAAGUGACUGGUGAAGCACAUUGGGAGAUUCUUCUUCGUGCUCGUGCAAUCGAGAAUCAAUGCUAUGUCAUAGCUGCUGCACAAGCUGGCACACACAAUGACAAAAGAGAAAGCUAUGGUGACACAUUAAUUAUUGAUCCGUGGGGGACCAUCGUUAGUCGCUUACCAGAUCGUUUGUCUACAGGAAUUGUGGUAGCUGAUAUUGAUUUAUCGUUAGUUGAUUCAGUAAGAGAGAAGAUGCCUAUUGCUAAGCAAAGGAAGCCAUUUGACUUCUGGAAAGCAGCAUCUCUAUAGUACUGAUUUGGCAAACAGUCACAAAGAGGCAGUCUUUUUCAACAUGCGACUUGUUUGUACCAAAACAAAAAUAUGGGACUCCCUUAUUUGAUUAUCCUGAGGACCGUGUCUCUAAUUAUGAAUUUGGUUCAUUUUUGUUGUAUAUUUAUUAUAAAUUGUACUGAAUAAGAUUAUUAUAGUAUGUACUGGCUUUUGUAUUAAAAUCAUUUGUGCAUACUCCAUUUAAUGGGGGUGUUACAAGCUCUAUUUGACCAAUUGUAUUCAACUUCAUUAUGCGAGUAGCCUAUUGCUGUUUAGUA